AUGGAUCCAAGUAGCUUCCCCUCUCCUCCCAUCAAGGUUCACGAAUCGACUCUGUCCAGAAGGAGCACGUCGUCAAGUACGAAGUCGGUCAAGCCUAUGCACCGUACCUCGAAGCAAGCGAACCCUAGUGCUGGAAUGGAUGGUCGAUAUAGGCGGACUUGGAAGGCUUGCGAAAGAUGUCGAAUGAAGAAGACCAAGUGCGACGGCGAGUUCCCCUGCAAGCGAUGCAAGGACGAUGGCCUGGUCUGCGCUGCUGGUAUUAGAAAGAAGAUGAAAUACAAGAAGCUGCCGCGAGGAUACGCCGAGAUCCUAGAAAACACCCAAUUAGCUCUCAUCGUUACCAUCCACAAGCUCUACUUCAUGGUCCGAAAUAACCAGCCCUGGGAGCUCGGUGAUCCUGAAUUAAACGACCGGGGCCAGCCCGUCAUCCAUAAUAUCGUGCAGAAGCUGGGCUGCAUCCGAGCUGAUAGCGAUAUCGACCUCCCUAUUGACUUAGUAUUCCCCAAAGAUGAAGCCGGCAUCGCUAAACUGGCCCACCAGCUCGAGGAGCAGCAGAAAGAAAAUAAAGACAGGAAGGAGGUUAAGGACGCCGACUCUUCCGUAUAUAAUCACACGCAGCAGGCAUCACUAUCAGAACUUGAUCAUCCUGGCGGUAAGCACAAUUACCAAACCGCCUUUAGCAGCAACAACGCCAUAGUCCUAUCGCCACAGAGCUUGACCUCCAGUAGCGGCUUGGACUUCGCGCCUCCACCACCCGGAACCAACGCAUCGGCCAUGUUCUCCUCACAGUCGCCCUCGAUACCAAGCUUUUCCUCCUGGCACUCCAUCUCGGCCGACAGUCAAUCCAGCGAUCUCACCAUGCACUUCCUCCAACGGCCCAGCGUGCCGGGCAGCAUGGGCAUCUUAGAUCAGGGGCUUGUGGAGUCAGAGCUUGGCACCAUCAAUCCUCACGUUCUGUCAUGUCCUAACCUCGAAGUCAUGAUGGGUAUGGGUGACUCGAUAGUUUAUUCUGGCUACGACAGCGAACCGAUACUAUCCGGGACCAGUUCUGUUAGAUACGCGAUGGGGUGGGGGUGA